GUACUUAGAAAUAUGGAUAACAUUUUGACAGUUCUUUACUGACGAUAGCCAAAGAGUAGUGUUUUUUUUUUCUUUUCGUUAACUAAAUAGUAGUGUCUUAUAAAUUUCAGUUCGAUGACCGGACUGUAGUAGAAAUUAGAGGUUUUAACUCCGUCUGAUAAUGAAUCAACGAGGGCUGAUAUUCAAACAAAGUGCACGUUAUUUUAUACUGAAGUUGAGACGAUAUUCUCCUGGACUUAUACUUGUAGCAACUGUAGCUGUGACACUUCUUGGAAAUAUCCAGAUAAAAGGAACAUAGUAAAGAUGCACAGGAAUCGAACCGCGAGGGCGUUAGACCGAGUACCUAAGUAUCUGAACCGUGGUUAAUUAGAUGAUAUACCACAAGAAGAUCUCCUCGGGGUUAAACGUAUGCUGCCACGGAAUGAACAACCGGCAAUUUCAUAUACAAUACACAGAGAGUACGAAAUAGAUAACGAAUGCGGUAAUAAUUCAACAGGAUGCAAUAACACUAAACUGUUGACUGACCGAGAUGAAGGAUUCGUGGAAAGGAAGCAUAAGAUUUCCAUGGGAAAGACAUUCACGGAUGAUGUGUCAGAAAAGCCACCCAAUAUAAAUAUAUAUUCUACUGAAGGGUACAAAAGAGCGGCAUUUCUGAGAAAUAAAUGUGCAAAUAUUGAUAAAAGGCAAUUUCAUCGAACAGUUCGUGUAAGCUACGACGUGAAACAUAAAGCCCUGUAUUGUCCUUUAUGCAAAUUAGCAUCCACUUUCUGGACCCGUGUCUUUAAAAUGUUAGACAAUAACAAUAAAGGAAGAUUUACUAGACAUCCAUUUGAAGUCCCUAUUUCACAAGCGCCAGCCAGUAAGCUGCAUUUUGAUAUACUUGACCAAAAGAUUGAAAAGACAGUAAAUGCAAAAGAGUCCUUUAUAUUUUUGUUUGUUCGAAAUCCAUUCAAUCUGUUAUUUUCGGCAUUUGUGGACAAAAUUGUUGGACCUAACCCUUCAUUAUGGAAAUUAUUUAAAAACACAGCCAGCGCACAAGCUGAAGGGACGGUAACAAAUACUUGUGGUGCAGACCUCACAUUUGAACAUUUUUUGAGAAAUAUUGUGCAAAUGUACAAACUAAAGCAUACCCUUGACUGCCACGUAGCCAAAUUUGACGCCUGUCAGCCAUGUGCAGUAAACUACACAUUUGUUGCAAAAAUUGAGACAUUUAAAGCCGAUACUUUCCACAUUAUAUAUAAAUUUAACCAAACGCAAACUUUGGAAGUAUUUGAGCACGAAUUAAGUUCCUUACACGCAGACGACGCUAUUCAUGAUUCAACUUCCGGUCCAUUUUCAUGGAAGUGGGGCAUAAUAAGAUGUAUUACGUGGCCUGAAGCAUUGCAGAGAAUAUGGAGGAAACUUCAAAUAAGGGGAAUUAUUGGUGUAAAUGGUUUUCCGCUCACAGAUAAUGAGGCAAACAAUAUAGCUAAAGAAGAGUUUAUUGCGCUUCUAGAAAAAACAAGAUUUAAAACGACUUCCGGUGAAAGAGGUUGGCUAAAAGAACAGGCUUUCAAAGAAGCAUAUAGAAGUGUGCCUUUUGAUGUUUUAGACGAGAUUAGAACCAUUUAUUCAAAUGAAUUUUCAUUAUUUGAUUACAAUGAUUCACCAGGUGAAAUAUUUAACAGAAAUACAGAGAUUCAAAACUAUAAAUUACUGGAUUACACAAAUAUUAAAGAAAAUAUAACUCUUCGACUCUAAUUUGUGCUCCUCUUGUUUAGGCUGUAUGUCCAUUAGCAACUGUACUUAAGAAAUAGAAUGACGUUUAGAGGUUAUUUCAUAACUAAAGUAACGCCAACGUUGUCAUGUCUUUAAUGUAAACACACCAUUAACUACAAAUAAAAUUAUAUAACUUUUCGCAAUUGACAAUCACUUCAACUCUUGGAAUACCUAAUUUCAGGCUCCUAAAAAGUAACUGUCAAUCAAACCUUUGACUAUUUUAUCUAGGGCUGUCAAUUUGUUCUGACACAGAAAUGACGUCACAAGAGCAUCUAGGCUGCAUCCGUUUACUUAGACAAAUGACCAAAAACGAACGUGUUACAUAGUAACAAUUCCAGAAAUAAUACUUACCUAGCAGAUGAUUUUUUUUUCAAACUGAUACGAUGUUUCAGAUAUGUCUGUUGGCAUGGGUACAACAGAAUAUAAUGUAUUGAUAAAUUAGCAAUAAGUAUUUUCAAAAAUAGUAAUUUACCAAAACAAAACAAAAAAAAUCAAUCAAUCAAUAAAUAAAUAAAUCGAAAAUUGUAUGUGCAUUUUAAUAGAUGGCCUUACUUUGCAACUAUGCUCAUCAUGUAUUUUUUUCAAUAUAAAUGUGUUCCCUCAACAGUUGUCAUGAUUUUCGCGUAAAAAGGAAAAAGAAAAUGUUAAAGAUUAAAACUUGUACGAUGUUCUUGAUUUUGAUCUGACUCAUUCUUGCUUAUUUUAUAUGUGAUCCAAUUUCAUGAUGAAUAACAAAGAACCGCCCUUCAGUAAUUGUUCAGGGUACAUAUUUACGAACAUUUGGAGUCUAAAAAUUGAACAUACACAUAUGAAAAUCCUGAUAUCCAAUUUUCCAUAUCACGGGCUGUAAACACAUUUCGUCGAUUUAUUUUUUUCUGUUCAAAAGAUUAUCAGAUUCAAAUAAAUGUCGCAAAUCGAUUUUGUUUACCUUAUAAUCACGGGCCUUAAACACUGGCUCCCACUCUUUAUAAAGGUGAGUUGUUAAAAGAGCCAGUGGUACUUUAAUAUUACUGAGGUAAGAGAUAACAAGACUGGAUUUCUCAUGUUUCAGUGGCUAAAAAUUUAGAAACCAUAUCUAAAACAUAUAUGAGCCGCGCCAUGAGAAAACCAACAUAGUGGGUUAGCGAACUGCAUUGAUCCUGACCAGACUGCGCAGAUGCGCAGUAUGGUCUGGAUCCAUGCUGGUCGCAAACCCACUAUGUUGGUUUUCUCAUGGCACAUGACAUCCACGAGGAUACUCCCAACGAACAAUGUCUGAUCCUAACUGGGAGAUCGGGGCAAGAUAUUUAUUCAGGAAUCCAACAUUAAAUAAGAUUUUGAGUACCAGAUAUGGGGCAAUCAUUAGGGAUGUGAUUCUUUCUGGAUUAAAUAUAGCCACGCAACAAGUGGCGUAAAAAUUUUCAGUAAAAGAUUGUAUAGAGGAUAUUAAGGUCGCUUUAUCUCAAUGAAAAUGCACACAGACGAUAAAUAUAUAACUUGACAAAUAUAUAUGCUCCUGGCAAUUUAAUGUUGCCGGGAAAAUAUUUAAUUCGAUUGAAAGUUUACUGAUAACUCCUAAUGAUUCGCAGCUUGUUGUGUUAUUGUUAAUAGUUGCUGGUUUGUCUUUCUGUUACUUUUAUUUACUGUAACAAGAAAUUGUUACCCUCUGACGCAACACAAUAAAAGAUAGUUUUAGGUUGCAUUGACUACAAGUUUUUCACGAUUAUGAUUUAUCAUUGCAACUUAAAGAAAAGUUUAGAUUCAUGCCAGAAAUACGGACACGCAUGAUUUAAUCCUACAAAGAUAUACUUAUAAUGAAAAGACGGCUGCAGUUCAGGUACCUUCCCAUGCUAUCAACACUGUCAUGACGUUACUCCUUUGUACUCGCAGUACUGUAAUUUUAAUAUUAGUCUCCUUACAAAGGAACAGUGACCCAAAAUAUAUACAAUUCAAAGCCAGUUCAUAUGUAUAAAUUUAUAAACUCGAAACGAGCUUUUGAUGAUCAAACUAAAAAUAAAAUAUAUUUUUAUUAUAACUAUGACCUUAUUUUUCCAUUCUUAGUUAUAUUAGUUACCCUAUGGCCUUUUUGUAUAAUAAA